GGGGAUAUCACUGGAAAUCAAGGUCCAGGUGCAUCACAGAGGCCAUCACGGAGGCACAGAUACCAUAUGCCUCCAUUUAUCGGGCGGUGAUAAUUGUUCGAAAGAAAGUGGGCCGCCGUUACGCCGUUACAGCGUAGACCAGAUACCGGUACCAACAUCGUCCUAGCGAACGGUAUGAUAUGUACCUCAGUUACCAAAAAUUGACGUAAUUCGCUGGAUGUCUGCCGGCAUUGCAUCAACGCAAGCCAGCGACAUGCCAGCAACAGCAGGCAGGAGAAAACAACAACUCUUGAAGCAGCAGGGAGGACACAACUUUAGUAAAGCAAGCAACUCACCAUUCCUUAUUUAUUUUUUCCCCCUUCAACUCUCCCUCCCUCGCUGCAUCAGGAGAAGGUGGAAGAAAAAAAAGAUUAGCCCAGCCCAGACGCUGUGUCGCCCCCUGGUUACAAUAGUCUACCGUAGUCCAGUUUUUCCCGUACCGGUACCGGUAGUUCGAUAGGAAAAAAACCGGAAAAAAAGUAACGCCUGUUGCCCGUCCAUUUGAAGCAGUCGGUCAACAGACUUCUCAAACCACUCCCUCACUUCAAGGCCACCCUGUCAAUCCAGGAUUAACGCCUAGGGCAUUCAAACCGGAUCCUCCCCCAUUCCAUUCUUUCCGCCCUUCCUUUCUAUCCCGGGCUAAGCUACUACCAUACCAGUAUCUUGUCCAAGCCGGAAAGGAACCGUCACCUCGCUACUGUACUUAGCCUGCUCCUCCAACUAGCUUUACGGCCCACAAUAACUUUUCUUUUACACCCCCAUCAGUGCCGUCCGUCCCCGAUAUCACCCACCCAUCCAUCCAUCCUCCCUCUCUCUCUCUCUCUUUCUCCUCUUCCUCCUCCUCCCCGCUUAAAUCUUACACUCCUCCCUCCCUCCCUUCCCUCCCCGUCUCUCCUCUUCCCGAUUCCCCUCAUCUCUCCUCAUUCUCGUUAUACACGCUCCCGUUACAUAUCCUUCCGUGGAAGCCUAAUUCCUACAACCUCACCGCCAUCCAUCAUACUCACCCCCCCACCCCAGUGCCCAACCCGUCCUUCCUACAGUAACCAUAUCCAACAUGUCUUUCCAAGACAAGGCCCAAACUCUCGUCUCUCAGCUCGACAAAGAGGUUCGUUGUCCUGUUUCCGGCCCCUCGUAUCCCAGUUCCCCUGGUGUAUGGUUUUGCUUAUCUAUCUGGCCUGACGUAGCUCUCUAAAUACCCUGCUCUUAACAACCUCGAGGCACAAACCGGUAUGUUACUGUGGAUGAUCUAAGUCAUCUCGUUCUAUCGGAUUUGGCUAAUCGUUACGCUCUUAUCCCUCAAGGCGCCCCUAAAGUAUAUGUUGUCCUCGGACUUGGAUUCGCGUACUUUUUUAUGAUCUUCCUCAACUAUGGCGGCCAACUUUUGACAAAUCUUGCCGGGUUCCUCAUUCCCGGGUAUUACUCGCUUAACGCACUCUUCACCCUCACCAAGGUUGACGACACACAAUGGCUUACGUAUGUGUUGAUCCACAUUUUCCUCACGCGAUGGUUAGAGCACCCUGUUUCUAACUCGGGUAUCGCAUUAGCUACUGGGUUGUAUUCGCAUUCUUCAGUGUGGUUGAGUCCGCUAUCUCUGUUACCUACUGGCUACCAUUCUACUACGUCUUCAAGUUUGCUCUUAUCAUGUGGCUUGGUCUCCCUCAAUUCGGGUAUUCUUCCCCCCAUGCGGUGUUCUUUUUGUGUUGGACCUUAUUUUGAUGUUAACAACCGAUUCUACGAGAAACAGUGGUGCUCAGCUUGUCUUCCGCUCAUUCCUCCAGCCCGUUUUUGCCAAGCAAUUUACUGGCCGUGCCAACGCUGCGUCCUCCAACCUUCGUGCAAAGGCUGAUGCUGUUGUUGGUGAUAAGACGUUGUAAAAGGCUAAGCGAUAAGGUGCCCAUUCUAAUGCAAUGCAACGCUACCGUAUGACGCAUGCGCACGAUGACACGAUGGUUAGCUACUGGGUUUAUAUUUUGCCAGCAUUUCCUUUUCUCGCGGUCAAAAGUCACCGUAGGCAAAAAAAAAAUGGUAUCAACGAGCGGUUAAUGAG